CAAAUCGUUGUCUUGGGCGAAUUGAAUCUAGCUGGACGAAUUGCAGUUCACCGCUUCAGUAGAAGAGGAAUAGUAGCCCGGAAGGGGAAUUGAAGAGUUUAAAAGAAAUAUUGCAUUGCCGCUGGAACCCAACAACUUGCUCUCUUGAUUUGGAGCCACAGACUAAUCGCCGCCACAAAGAAUCUCUCCCGCUGGACGGAUCCAUGUUUUCCCGAUCACUUCCAUAUUUUUUCCGUCCAAAUUUGUGAAGAGCCGUCUAGAUCGCGCGGUACUCAGAGGAUAGAUGCAUCUACUCAAUCGUUGGUUCAAAUGCAACAAUAUGUUUGAUCUCGAAUUGAGACCAUACGGACUGGAGUAUUGGAGAAGCUUUGGGUCUGGGAUAGUCAAUCAUCUUCCGAGAGAAGCUUUUGAAUGGCUUCGCGAGAUUUUGGUCUGGGAUUUCGCACGAGAGAAGCUUUGGACUUUGGAGCACUGGAGUACUGGCGAUUUUGGUCUAGGAUUUCGCACGCGAUUUUGUCUAGGGUUUCUUUCAACGCUGUCAUUCAUCCUCUCAGAUGUGGUGCUUCAGUAGAGACGUGCGUCGCCGCUCUCAUCUUCUGCCGGAGUUCGCAGCGUGGUUCUUCCGGAUUAUGGGUUCUAUCCUUCCGCUGGCCGAUUCUCUUCCACGACCGCACAACGACAGCGAGCAUCUCCAUCUCUGAUAAAAAAUAGCAGGGGAGGGCUGCGUGAAAUAGCCUCGACCUAGGGUGAAGAUAAUGAAUUGGUUUGGAUGAGCAAUGCUCACUGUGUGUUCGACGAAAUGACUCAUAAAGACGUAGCCACAUCAACAACGAUUGGAUCUUGCUUGGACAAAGGGGGUUGGGGGCCAGAAAUUCAGGGCAAGCUAGCCGUUAAAGAUAUUUAUGGAGGAUGUAGUUGGAUCUGAGGGACUAAGCACUGAAUUGUAUGCUGAGAAUGGAAAUAAUGAUGUGUUUCACACCAUGGAGGAAGAUAUCGUUAAUAUUCAAAGUGAUGAUUGUACUGGAUCUUGUAUUUUAUGAUACACCAAUCAGCGCAUGAGGUGUUGUGGACAAUGCGAGUAUGAAGUUCAAGUGAGUGUAGACCAACAACUCAUUUUUGUUUUACACAAUCACUUUGUUUGACCUUGCUAAUGUUGUCAAGUCUGAAUACUUUGUUUCAAAGGAGGUUGUUCAAUACAAACUUGUCUUCUCU